AUGCAGAGCAAGACACUCCUCGUCUCUGCCCUUGUGGCUCUUGCCUCUGUAUCCUUGGCUUCCGAGCACGAGCACGAGAAUCGAGACUCUCACAACGACAACUUCGGCGACGUUCCUCUUCUGGCUCAAAGCACCAACGACAACGUUCAGGGACCCUUGCCAGUUCAAAAGCUACUCAGCUUUCCAGCACCGGUAGCUCGCCAGGACGCCGGCUCUCCAUUCGACGACGAACUUGAGGCUCGAUCACCCCAUGCCCCGAGUCCGGCACACAGUGCUGCGGAACCAGCUGCGAAGCCCCAAGUCAAAGAUGACGGCGCACAUCAAGUCGAUGCACAAGCUUUUCCCGAAAUCGGCGAGUCGAUCCACUUUGCCGCCCCGGACUAUGUCCAAAGGGCUCUCCCCAACGAUCCCAGAGCAGCCGAGCUUCUGGCCAAGGAGUUCUCUGGCACGAACGUGCCACAGUGGUAUGCCAAACUGGACGAAGAUGCCACCAACUACGAUGCCACAAUCACACCACCUCCCACCAUGACCAUCCAAGGUCCCCAGCAGGAAAUCGUCGACUACUGGAUCUCCAGCAUUCUCAUGUACAAGAGCAUGAUCUCCUCACAGCUCGACGAAAUGAUUCUCCUGGCGUCCUCGGAGUCACGAGAAGCCAGCCGUUUGUCUAGUGAAGCAUCCUCAUUAUCGACAUACGCCACCUACCACACCGACAGCCAACUGCAGACCAGCGCGUGGUCACAAUCGAACCAGGCAGCCACCAUGUCGUACGAAGCUUCCUCAAUAUCCAGCUUUGCUGCCUCGGCGUCUGAAGCCGUGUUCACGGCUGCUGACGAUGAAGACGAGCAGAGCGGAGCCUCAUCCACAGACAUGACAUUGGCGCUGGGUUCAAGCGUUCUCGGUGCUGUGGUGUGCCUCGGAUUGGCUAUUGCGCUGUGA